CAUGCGCCUUGGUUCCCGUCCGUAUGCAAAUGAGAUGUCUUGUUGUGGUUCGCCAUCUUGUUGUCGCCUUUGAACCUGCUGUUAGAAUCCGCUUGUAUCGGGGACUUUUCUGAGCCAUCCGGCCUGUAGAUCGCUAUCUAGCGUCCAGCAAUGGCCAGCACGGAUGGCAAGAAGCUUUCCACCACGGACAGGGUCAUCAAAAGUGUCCCCUUCCCUCCGAGCCAUCGGCUGACCAUAAAGGAGGUGUUUGACCAGAAUGGGAAGCCUCGGAUGGACGUGCUGAAGCAGCACUUCCUCCUGGAAGGCAGGGUGGACGAUGCCGUGGCCCUGAAAAUAAUCAACGACGGAGCAGAGCUCCUAAGGAAGGAGAAAACCAUGAUAGACAUCGAGGCUCCCGUAACAGUAUGUGGUGACAUCCAUGGACAGUUCUAUGAUCUGAUGAAGCUGUUUGAAGUGGGGGGCAAUCCUGCCAACACCAAAUACCUAUUCUUGGGAGACUAUGUGGACAGGGGGUAUUUCAGCAUAGAGUGUGUUCUUUAUCUGUGGGCUCUGAAGAUGCUCUACCCCACAACACUAUAUCUGUUGAGAGGCAACCACGAGUGCAGGCAUCUUACAGAGUACUUCACCUUCAAACAAGAGUGUAAAAUAAAGUACAAAGAGGAGGUGUACGAUGCUUGUAUGGAUGCAUUUGACUGUCUGCCUCUGGCCGCCCUGAUGAACCAACAGUUCCUGUGUGUGCACGGAGGCCUGUCCCCGGAAAUCCACUCACUGGAUGACGUUAGAAAGUUGGACAGAUUCAAGGAGCCCCCAGCAUUUGGCCCCAUGUGUGACCUGCUGUGGUCAGAUCCAUUAGAAGACUUUGGUAAUGAAAAGAAUGCAGAACACUUCAGUCAUAACAGUGUUAGAGGAUGCUCCUACUUCUAUAGCUAUGCGGCAACUUGUGAGUUCUUGCAACAGAACAACCUGUUGUCAAUAAUUCGAGCACAUGAAGCGCAAGAUGCAGGGUAUCGAAUGUACAGAAAGAGCCAGGCUACUGGUUUUCCUUCACUUAUUACGAUUUUCUCUGCACCCAACUACCUAGAUGUUUACAACAACAAAGCUGCUGUAUUGAAGUAUGAAAACAAUGUAAUGAAUAUCCGGCAGUUCAACUGCUCGCCUCAUCCCUAUUGGCUACCCAACUUCAUGGAUGUCUUCACCUGGUCCCUGCCCUUCGUAGGGGAGAAGGUUACAGAGAUGCUUGUGAAUGUGCUGAACAUCUGUUCAGAUGAUGAACUCAUGACAGAGGGUGAUGACACCUUUGAAGGUCUAGACCUGCCCAAUGCGACAGAUUCGGACGAUGGGCAAGACGCAUACAACAGUAUGGGUCUUACCUUGAGCCUGGCUGCUAGGCAGGUUACUACUACUGCUACUACUGAUGAGGGAGGUUCUGUCAGAGAACGGAAGGAGAUCAUUAGGAACAAGAUCCGAGCAAUUGGCAAGAUGGCCAGAGUCUUCACUGUAUUACGAGAGGAGAGUGAGAGUGUUCUGCAUCUGAAGGGACUGACCCCUACUGGGCAGCUUCCCCUCGGAGCCCUGUCUGGAGGAAAAGACACGCUACAAAGUGCUUGUUCAGGAAUUGCUGAGCAGGAAGGAAUCGCUGAACGUGAAGCAAUCCAGGGUUACAGUGUCAACACCAAGAUCCAGUCCUUCGAGGAAGCCAAGUCGCUUGAUCGGGUGAACGAGAGGAUGCCUCCGCGCAAGGACGGCACCAUGCCAUCCAAAGAGACCAUCGAAGACAAGAAGGAUGGCAAGGAUUCUGCAUAAAAAGGCAUUGCUGGCACAUUAGUAUCGUUCAUGGGGCCAGCAAAGGGUACAUCCUCUGAAGGCAUGGGGCUUCCUUCCCCUCCCAUUUACAUACUGUACAGUGUAUUGUAUAACAGCCAUAACAGAAAUAAUUGUGUAACCCUGUUGUUUAUAGUCCUAAUCUCAGAACUGUUUCUGAAGAUUUGCUCGGGUAUCCAGUACUAAAAUGCAGUUACUUACAUAAAACCAUUGAGGGAUAAACGCAAUGACGACAUUGUUCUCUACCAUUGUUUGCAAGCAAACUUGUAAAGGUUACCCAAGUUAUUUAAUGAUUUUUAAACAAAAGUUUAUUAAUUAUUAUGUCAAUUGUUGAUGGCAAAUAUUUUGGAUAUGUCCUUGCAUAAGGUAAGAAAUGGACUGAUGUUUUCUUUUGUUUUCUUUAGGUUCUAUUUAUUGAUGACUGUGUGUUCUUGCAUAGUAUUGAACUGCUCAAUUUCUUGAUGAAAUUGCAGUUAGCUAUCAAAAUAGAACCAGUUGUACUAGAGACAUUGCCUUUUGAAUUUUGCGCAAGGUUAUCAGAACUUUAAUAAGUCUGCAGCUUCAAGUAUAGGAAGCGAGACAGGCAGUGUUGUAUUACUUCUGUUUAUGUUAGAAUACUAUUGUCUUUAUGUAUAACUGGUGGUUCGCAAUGAUAGUAUAGUGGGACCUGAUUUUUUUUUCUACCUGUUAGAGAAAAUGAAUUGGGGAGUUUAUGACACAUACUUUGCUGUCUUAUAGGAAGAAGAACUAAUAGUACAUGUAGUCUAGCUUCAAAUGGUGUGCAAAGUAAGUUUCUGUUACUAUGUAAUGUGUCAGCUCUGAGUCUCCAUUCUAGAAACCUUGUCAAUAUUGUGCUGUUUGCUGUCUGUGUAUUCUUUACAAUUGUAAAACUUACGGGGCUCCCAAAGAAUAUAUAUAUAGCAUGACUAUAAAAUCGUUAGAAACAAAAUCAAUAAACAUUUGUAUGAACUAUUAAAUGCAUGUUAAUAAGAAAACCUUCAGGGGUUAUGUUCAUAGAAGAAAAUUAGCAAAAGCAUGCUCUCUGUGGGAUAUGUAGUGUAGAUGUGUUUCUGGUCUGUGUCUGUACAAAGUCGUUUUUUUCCUGCCCAACACUUUGCCUCUCAAGUGAGGAAGGGAUGUGGUAGAUGGUACCGGUGAAGUAUGUAUGUAACUAGUUUUGAUUCUGAAGAGCUUUUUCUUUCUUUCACUUCUGUUUCCACAGGAGCUGUGGAGUCACCUUCAGGGUGUCUCAGAAACUUUGUACACUUGAUAUCAAUUCUUGUAUGUUAGAUGUGAUAAUUCAACAAGUGGUAUAAAGCUGUGGGUCACCGCCAGGGAUUCUCUUUGUUGCUAGUAGAGUUGCUUUUCUCGAACCUUAGUAGUACAAUGAUCUUUGAUGGAAAGUUGUUCAUUUUCUGUCUCAUAUUGUUACAGUUGUUUUCUUUUAAGUGUUGGAUGUACAACUUAAGAAGUCAGCAAAAGCUCACAUAGCAUGCUGAACAUGUGUACCACUGUUCUGUGUAUAGAACGCCAUGGGAAGUGAAUUGCACUGCCAGUGGAUGGGGUUGGAUGCCUAGUUCUGCUGAUUUGACAAUACACAUAGAUGCCCAUGUCAUGAAAAAUAGGCAUGUUUUGCUGGACUUCACUUGAUAUGACGUUGGGACUGUAACCUUGGGGCGUUGUGACUGAAUAGGAAGCACCAUUUGAGUUUUGUAUUGAUGCCAAAAUCCCCAAGUUUUGUGUGGUAACAUGUUGAGAUCUGUAAAGAAGAAAUGUUGGCGCAUUGGAGUCAGCAUGCAGGAACUGAAGUUUCGUUUGUCAGUCACCAAAAACUAAGGACAAAAAAUUAAGUCAUGUAAAGAACAAAUGUAUAAAAAGUAAUGGUUUAGAAAGACCAGCAUUAAAAAAAAACGAUAUUUCGUACAUGAAGAGAUAAAAUUUGGUUGCUGCUUGAAACUUCCGAUCUUGCUGGAGCUUAGGACUUUGGUGGUGGGGCAAAGAGGAGUCUGUUGGGGACUAUUGAACUAACCAAACUGACAAAAGGCCAGGAGAAGGCAAAGUGUUGGAUCCAGAGUGUAACCCUAACUAGUACCAGAUGAAUUACCAGUAACUAGUUAAUAAGUAACCAGUAAUAAAACCGGCUGUUUCGGGCUGCUGUCUGGCAUUAAGGGGCAAUAUGCAAUUUUUUAUGUUGUCAUUUGUAACAAGGUUGAGAGAAACAAAAGCGGUAUCUAGGUUGGAAAUGCAAUGUAUCCAGUGCUCUUCGUUCCCUGUGUUCCUUUCUCCACAAAUUUCAAUGGAAGUAUACGAUAUUAGAGUGCUCAGUAGAUGAACACAUGGUUUUAUGUUUUGGGGGAUUUUUUUAUGGUUAUAGAUUCAAUAUUGUGAAGGUGGUUAUUGCAUAGAAUGCUCCGCUCCAUUCAAUGUUCGGACUGCUACUAGCCUUGCAGCCCUAGUUGCUGUGCAUGCCUGACAGAAGUAACUAUGCUCUAGUAACCUCAUCUGUGAUGUACAUUGUGCUGAUGGCCUAAGUAGUGAUAAACGGCUUCUCUUCCAAGGA